CAGAGACAUUAAAGGUUCAAGUUUAAUGUGUAGUAGUUUCAGGUUUUUUUCAUAAAUUAAAAUUUGAAGUUUUCAUAAAGCCAUGUUAUUUUCUGCUUUGAAAUUUUUUAUCUUUUUAUUACAUUAAAUUAGUAGUUAAAUACUCCUAGCCAAACACGAGUUAUCCAGAGACUCACCCGACUAUAAUCAAACCUAGUACUAGUAGUACUGUCUGUACUAGUUGCAACUCGCAAGUCAACUCGCAAUCAGUACUAAAGUAGGCAAUUUCUUGUAACUGUCUCUGUUUCGAUAACCUCUCCGUCUGAUGCACAGUGUAUAUAUACUAUUCUUUCUCUGCUUCCAGUCUUACUUCUCUACUCAUUUUGCUUGUUAAAAAUGGGUCAAUUGACAUGUUUUUUUUUUAGAAUUUAUGCUAUAAACCGAACUCUUUCUUUUGUCAAAUUCUUUUCUUGAUGGUUAUCAAUGAAGGGCUCAAUUUCCAUAACCAAUUUAACUUCCAAGCUUAAGCUUCUAACAACCAACAUAAUACCCAAGUCCAGAUUUUUCUCAUCAUUGUCUACAUUAUCUCUUUCUGAGGAAGAUGAUGAUGAUAAUGAUAUGGUUCCCAGUCCUGAAUUUUGUAGUUUAUCAACACCCAAUUUAAAAAAGACUGAUUCUUUUAUCCCCAAAUCUCAAAAUUUGGUGCCAAGCAAUGUUUCUUACUUGGGUUAUGGAAACGGGUUUAGUACCGAUUUGACUCAGUUAACCGUCAUUGAAUUUCUCAAUGAUAUGUUUGGGGACAGUUUCAGUGCUGCACUUGCUCUUUACUUCUUUAGAUUAUCAGAGUGUUGCUCUGGGUUAGAGUCUAUAAUUAGGUCAAUUUGUAGAUUGCUUCAUAUUUUAGUUUAUGGGAAGAGGAACCAUAGAGUUGUGGAUUUAAUUUCGUUUUCUGUGAGAGUUUUCGGUCGAGAUGCCGGUGAUGAAAAAUUGAGUGAUUUAUUGAUCAGAUUCGUAUACGAAACUGGUUUUGAAACUAAGGAUGUAGAAACUUUGUAUAGCAUGAUUGUUGAUUGUUAUAUAUGUGAGGAUAAAGUAAAUUUAGCUCUUAAAUUAGUUCAUGAGAUUAAAUUGCUCAACUUUUUUCCAUCUAUGGGUGUUUGCAAUUCACUGCUUAAGGCAUUGUUAGAAUUGCGUAAGGUGGAUUCAGCAUGGGAGUUUUUGGAGGAAAUGCAAAGCCAAGGUAUGCGUGUGAAUGCGUCGAUUAUUAGCUUGUUUAUUAGUAGUUAUUGUGCUCAAGGUGACAUAGAAAGUGGCUGGAAGUUGCUCACGGAAAUGGAGAAUUACUCGAUUAAAGCUGAUGUAAUUGCGUACACUAUUGUCAUUGAUGCUCUCUGUAAAAUAUCUUGUUUGAAAAAAGCUACUUCUUUGUUGUUCAAAAUGACCCUCUGUGGAAUUUCGGUGGAUUCAGUUUCAGUUUCUUCGCUUGUUGAUGGUUAUUGUAAGCUAGGAAGGUUAGAUGAAGCAAUAAAGAUUCUAAAUUUCUUCAAUGUUAGACCUAAUGUUUUUGUGUAUAACAGCUUUAUAUCAAAGCUAUGCACAGAUGGUAACAUGCUUGAAGCUUCAAAGAUUUUUCGUGAAAUGUCUGAAUUUGGCUUGUACCCAGAUUGUUUUUGUUACACUACAAUGAUUGGAGGUUUUUGCAAAGUAAGUGAGAUAAAUAGAGGUUUUGAGUAUUUAGGGAAAAUGGUGAAAUGUGGGAUUGAACCCUCUGUUACAACAUAUACCUUGCUUAUUGACGCAUGUUGCAAGUGUAGAAACAUGGAAAUGGCGGAAUAUCUAUUCCAGCGGAUUAUGCAAGAGGGUUUGGUACCUGAUGUCGUUACAUUCAACUGUUUAAUUGAUGGUUUUGGGAAGAUGGGGAAUUUGCAAAAGGCCUUUGAAUUGUUGGAUAUCAUGAGAUCUGCCGGCGUUUCUCCUGAUGUUGUGACCUAUAAUAUGCUUAUUCACAGUCUUAUUGCAAGAGGAUUUUUGGACGAGGCAAAAUAUUUGCUAGAUGAGCUUAUCAGGAGGGGGUUUUCACCAGACUUGAUGACUUUCACGAAUAUUAUAGAUGGGUUUUCAAAAAAAGAGAAUUUUGCGGAGGCAUUGCUAGUGUGGUCUUACAUGAGUGAGAAUCAUGUCAAACCUGAUGUUGUGACUUGCAGUGCUUUGAUUAACGGAUAUUGUAGGGCACGUCAUAUAGAUGAAGCUAAUGCUAUAUUUCUUAAGAUGCUUGAUGCCGGGCUUAAACCAGACUUGAUAUUGUAUAACACUCUUAUACAUGGAUUUUGUACUGUUGGAAAUAUGGAUGCCGCAUGCAAUCUGCUGUCUAUGAUGAUUAAUGAUCGAAUUUUUCCGAAUACUACCACCCAUCGGGCACUUGUACUUGGGUUUGAUAAGAAGCGGGCGAAGAAUCCUGAGCUGAGUGCAACUCUUAGGCUGAAGCAAAUUCUGCUGAAUUAUGAGUAUAUAGACAAUUCACAAUUCACUUGAGAUUAGGGCUUAAUGGAGUUGAGCUAAGUUGAUGAGUAUAGAGCAAUGGUACACGAACCUGUUUGCCAAGAUGUUGAGGUUUUUGUGCAAAGCUCUUAACUUUGAAGCCGCAUAUCGGCUGGAACCUCGGAGAUGCCGAGGUACAAUCUGUAACGUGAUGCUAGUAAAGGUAGGACUCCGAGUCGGCUUCACCAUCAUUUCACAGAGCUUCAUAAGGCCACUUUGCUGAAAAACAGAGAGCUUAUAGAUGGGGAAAUUUUCUUAUCAAUCAGAAGAAGUGGGAGGAAUUUUAACUGUGAAAGUGAAAGAAUUGAAGUGGGAAAUGCUACGGAAAAUGGCGAACCAAUAUUUCUUUAUAAAAAUUAACUAUAAAUAUAAAGUUUCGGAGUUCAGAAGCGUUUUCCUAUCUGUGCUAUUGAAUGAGUUAUUUUCUCUACCUCUCUUAGACUAGACCAACUGACAUUGUCUAGUAAAUAUUUUAUGGCUGUUGGUGCAGUUUCAUGCUGUCAAGGUCUUCUUUGCUCCGAUGGUGUGGAAGUGGGCGAUGUGAGCAGCAGGGAGGACACAAUUCAACGUUGGAACCAAAUAACGAACUGAACCGAUUAAUUCGGUUUGGUUUGGUUUGAUAUGAUUUGGAUUUUUUAGCAUUCAUAUAAAAUCAGUUGAUUUGAACUGAACUUAGUAAUUGGUUCUUGUGGUUUAUAACUUUCUUAAUUGACAUGUCAAAAAUAUGUAUGUACUAGUCUGUUUAUAAUCAAAUAAUAGUAAUAAUAGUUAUGCUUUUGCAUAUGAUUUGAGAA